AUGCAGGAGAAAACAACGAUAGAAGAAACAAAAGAAAAAAUGCCAACUGAAAUUAAUAUAAAAAAUGAAAAGGCAACAGCUGUUACUGUUUCCUCUGAGGAAGCAGAUGUAUCGAAAGAAGAUGAACAAAAGAAUAUCGAAAAGAUUGAAAAUGGUGAUGAAAGAGAAAACCAUGAUGUUGCAUCUAAAUUGGAAAGUGAAACAAAAGAAACUGAACUUGAUGCACAACCACUUUUUGAACAACCAAUUAUUCUUAAUGGAAAACGUUCAAGAAAACCAACAUUACGUCUCGAAAUAUCUGAAUCAAUACCAGCAAAAAAAGACUUAUCUAUUCCUCAGGGUCAUGGUAAACCAUUAGGUGAAAUUGAUUAUAUUAAUUAUCAAAUAACACAUGCUUCAACUGAUGCUUUAUCUCGAAUGCGUAAUAUUUGUUUUGGUCGACGAGGAAAUAAAGCAAAUAUUCGAAAACAUCUUCGAAAAUUCAAAGGAUUUGAAUUUCAACGUAAUAGUGAUGAAUAUCAAAAGCAUCUAAAUAAUUUAAUACGAUUAAAAAAAGAUCAAUUAAAAUCAAUUUCAAAUAUUCUUGGUUUACCAGCAACAGGACGUAAUACUGAUCAUGGUGAACGAAUUUUAAAGUUUUUAAUUGAACCAAUUGAUGAAGGAAAACGUAUACCAGGAAAAAAAUCAACAAUACGUACUAUGAAAAAACGCAGUACUAAUUCAAAAGAAUCUAUUGAAUCUGAACAAGAAACAAAAAUUGAAAAUAGUAAAGAUCAACAUGACUUAGAUUAUUUUUAUAAACCUGAUAAAAAAUCUUCAAAUAAACGUACAUUAAAUCAUCAAAUGCCGACUAAUACCAAACGAAAAAAACAUACAUCUGCAAUAUUAGAAUCUAAAGAAAAUCAAGAAACAAACAGUGUUGCCAAUGAACAUAAACAUAAUGAUGAAGAAAUAAUAAAGGUAAAUGAAAAUGAUAUUACUGAUAAAGUGACAAAUGAUCCUCAACGAAUUUUUUGUCCGCAAAUUAAUUGUGGUCAUGUAUUGACAUUGUCGAAUGAACAAAAAAUAGAGGAAAAACAAUCAAUAACAUGUACCAAAUGUCAAAGCACAUUUUGUCUCAAAUGUCGUUGUCAAUGGCAUCCACAUCAACGUUGUUCUGAUUUACUUACGCCAAAUGAAAUGGAGACUGAAUCAAAUAUAAAACGUUGUCCACAAUGUCGUUUUCCUUUAGAAUGGACCGAUGGUUGUGCACAAAUAAUGUGCAUUAAUUGUAAACAUAUGUUUUGUUGGUAUUGUUUAAAAUCUUUAGAUAAUGAUUUUUUCUUAUUACAUUACGAACGUGGUCCUUGUCGAAAUCGACUUGGUCAUUCUCGUGCAUCAUUAUUUCUUCAUCGUCUUAUAAUUAUUGGUUUAUUUAUUGCUUUUAUUAUUCUUUUUAUUAUAGCUACACCACUACUCAUUUUAAUUGCACCUUGCCUUAUUUCCUAUCGAUAUAAACAAAUAAAAAAUUAUUUUAAUAAUUUAACCAAAUGGAGACAAAAUUCUCAACAACCAAAUACAUCAACUAUACAUCGAUCAUUAAUUAAUGUAGAACAGCAAUCAAUUACUCCUUUACUUUCAUCAUUGAACAUUGAUGAAUGUAAUGAGUCUUAUCCAAUAUAUGAUAGUUUAUCUGUUUAA